UGAUUCGCAGGUCAGGAAUUCAAAUAAUUUGUUGGGUAGGAAACUUCAGCGUUAUUGGUUUAGGCUGACUUUUUCAACUUAGGACAUUUUGAUAAUCCUUUUAUAUUAGUCUUGAUGAAAAAAGAUUCAAGUCAAAUGCCGUGUUACACCUUGAUGAUGAUGCAAAUAAUUUUCAAAUACAAUUGGGACAAAGCUAGAAAAUUUCAUCUCUCUCACCAUCUUCUUCUUCUUGUUAAUCAUGGUUUCUUCAAGGGAGCUCUGUAGGGAUGCUGCCAGUUUUUUUGUUAAUUUCUCUGUGUUUCUUCAUGUUUUUACUUUCAAAUUCGUGUAUUCUAAAUGCCCAAAAAGUUUCCAGUGUGGAAAUCUUGGCAAUUUGGAGUUUCCUCUGGCAGAUUUUUCGCAACCCGGAUGUGGGUUGUACACGGUUGAGUGCGGUGCUCUGCCGAAUCCAAGAAUUCACCUGGAUACUGAGAGGUUAUCGCUGUCGUAUGAAAUUAUGGGCAACAUAUCUACCAAUCGAGCAUGGAUUCGAAACCCUAUUGUUGAAAAUUUUUUGCGAACUAAGAGCUGUGAUUUAUUCCUCGAUUACUAUAUUCCUUACAAUCAUUCUAUUUCGUUGAUAUUCUUCCCCAAUAUCACUCUGAUCAAAUGCCCCAAAAAUAUGAACUCUGACGACGACGAGUUACGUCGUUUACAUGAAAGUUAUAGAAAUUACACACGCUGCGACUUUGAUAUAUAUUACGCCAAUUCAAAUGAAAAUCUUCCGCCCCCAAUUCCAAUUGGUUGUUCUGAUCUUUACUUGCCGGUCAAAUCACAGACUAUAUCAGAUUCAGCAGACUUGUUCGAACGGUUAGGGAACGAAUAUAAUAUAGAAUGGAAUCUGUCUGAAGAUUGUAUUGAUUGCCACCAAGGUGGAGGACAGUGUACAGCUGACCAAAAUAAUCAAUUUCGAUGUGCAAAAGGAAAAAGUAAGUUGAAGCUGAUUUUAUUAAUCACAGCCACAGUUAUAGCUGGAAGUAUACUCAUACUUUGCGUGGUAGGCAUUUUCGUUUGGCGUCAUAAAAGAAGAAUCAAUGAUGCCAACUUACUUUCGAGGAACAUAUCCUCCGAUCCUUCCUCAAAAUCAGACAUUGAAGGCGGGAGUUUCUACUAUGGUAUUCCCAUCUUCUCCUACACAGAACUUGAAGUGGCCACCAAUAAUUUUGAUUCUUCAAAAGAACUGGGAGACGGAGGUUUUGGAACCGUCUACUAUGGCAAGCUCCAAGAUGGACGAGAAGUAGCAAUAAAGCGCCUCUAUGAGCAUAAUUACAAACGAGUAGAACAGUUUAUGAAUGAAAUCAAAAUUCUUACUUGCUUGAGGCACGUGAAUCUUGUUUCUCUCUAUGGUUGUACAUCAAGGCGCAGCCGGGAACUCCUACUUGUUUACGAGUUCGUUCCUAAUGGCACGGUUGCAGAUCAUAUCCAUGGUGACAGAGCUAGUAAAGCACCACUCUCAUGGCCAAUUCGCAUGAACAUUGCCAUAGAAACUGCUAGCGCAUUGGCAUACCUACAUAAAUCAGAUAUAAUACAUCGCGAUGUGAAGACUAACAACAUACUACUCGACAACAAUUUUCGUGUCAAAGUUGCAGAUUUCGGGCUUUCAAGACUCUUCCCUAAUGAUGUCACUCAUAUAUCGACUGCCCCUCAGGGAACUCCUGGAUAUGUUGAUCCGGAAUAUCAUCAAUGUUACCAACUUACAGAUAGAAGUGACGUUUACAGCUUUGGAGUUGUUCUCAUCGAGCUCAUAUCAUCAAUGCCUGCAGUGGAUAUAAGUAGGCAUCGGCAUGAAAUCAACUUAGCCAACUUAGCGAUAAGCAGGAUCCAACGGUGUGCUUUUGACGAGUUAAUCGAUCCAUCUCUGGGAUUUGGAUCUGAUGAUGAUGUUACAAGGAUGACUACUUCAGUGGCGGAGUUAGCUUUCCGAUGUUUGCAACUUGAAACGGAUUUGAGGCCUUCUAUGGACGAAGUAUUAUCAUCUCUAAAGGAGAUAAUGGGCGAUGAGGAGUUGGAAUUUGAUAAUAAAAUGGAGACUAAUGAUAAUCACAGCGUUCCAAGGGGUGUAAAGAUCCCACCUUCACCUGAGACAGAUGAUGUUUUAUUGUUGAGGAGCAAGUAUUUGCAAUCCUCACCAAAUGCUGUGACUGAUAUGUGGAUAAGUAGCUCUACAACAGCUAGUUCAAGUGGUAAAUAUAGAACUAAAACUGAGAAUAUGCUAGUAAAUAAUGUAGCUUUUCUUAACAUCUGGCUAUGUUGUUCUCCGGCUUCAAUAAUACGAGGAAACUGUUUGCUGUGCACUACUGACAGCUAUCAUUUGAUGAACCAAGUAACCAACACAUACCUCAAAAGACUAGUUGAAUAUGAAUCUCUAAUAGAAGGUCUUCGUGAAAAUAUUUCCAAGUCAACUGCUCUGUUGUCUAUUCUAAAUGCCAAAAAUCUUUCCAGUGUGGAAAUCUUGGCCGUUUGGAGUUUCCUUUAUCCAAUUAUACGCAAUGAAUGUGGAUUGUUCAGGGUUCAGUGCGAUGCCACUCCACAUCCAUUAGUUUACCUGGAAGAUGAAGGGAUUUCAUCAACCAGGGAGAUUCUGUCCAAGAUAUCUACCCAUGUGUUCAGGAUUAGGAACCCUACUCUUGAAGGUCUUUUGAAAAGUAAAAGCUGCGUUGUGUUCAACAAUUUCUCUAUUCAAAGCUUGCCUACUAUUUCGUUGUCAUUCUUACCUAAUAUCACUUUGUUUAAAUGCCACAAAACUCCGAUACUUUCUUUCACGGAUUAUUAUAGGAAGUACACAGGUUGCCAUUACUUCGAUAUAUAUUACGCCAUUAAGAAUAAAAGUAUUUCUUGCCCAGAUGAGUGUUCUGUUUUUCACUUGCCAGGCGACUUGAAAAAUGAAUCAGAUUCAAUAGACUUAUUCGAUCAGCUUAGCGCUGAAUAUGAUGUACAAUGGUUUCUGUCUGUUGACUGCGCAGAGUGUCACAACAAAGGAGGCCAGUGUACAAAUACCAGGAAGAAUGAAUUUAUAUGUGAAAAAGGAAGAAGUAAGUUGAAAUUGAUUUUCAUCGCAGGCGGUUUAGCUGCUGCGGUAGUCCUCUUCUCCAUAAUCUUGUUCAUUUUCAACAAGAGCAAGUGUGUGUUGAAUUUAAAGGGAAAAUCGCAAAAUCAUAAGGACAUUGAACUCUUCCUAAAGAAUAAUGAGAAUCUUGCACCACGAAGAUACAACUACUUUGAUCUGAAGAAAAUGACUAACUCAUUCGGUGACAAGCUAGGGGAAGGGGGCUUUGCUAGUGUGUAUAGAGGAAAGUUGCCCAAUGGCCAUCUUGUAGCAGUAAAGAUUUUGAAAGAAUCAAAGGGCAAUGGAGAAGAUUUUAUCAAUGAGGUUGCAAGCAUUAGUAGAACUUCCCACAUUAACAUUGUCACUCUCCUGGGAUUUUGCUUUGAGGGUUCCAAAAGAGCUCUCAUUUAUGAGUUCAUGCCCAAUGGAUCUCUUGAGAAAUUCAUAUGCCACAAUAGCUCUAUAGCAGAACGUCAGUUAGGAUGGGAAAUUUUGUUUCAAAUUGUAGUUGGCAUUGCUGAAGGAAUAGAAUACUUGCACCAAGGAUGUAAUACACGGAUUUUGCACUUCGACAUAAAGCCUCACAACAUUCUCCUCGACAAAGACUUCAAACCUAAAAUAUCGGAUUUUGGCUUGGCGAAACUUUGCCCCAACAUGUCCAGUAUAGUUUCAAUACUAGGGGCUAGAGGUACAAUCGGGUAUAUAGCUCCAGAAAUAGUUUGUAGAAACUUUGGAGACGUUUCUCACAAGUCAGAUGUCUAUAGCUAUGGUAUGAUGAUUUUGGAAAUGGUUGGAGAGACGAAAAAUAUCGAAGUCAGAGUUGAUCAUUCAAGUGAAAAUUAUUUUCCUGAUUGGAUAUAUAAGAAUCUUGAACAGAAUGCUAAACUUGAUUUGAACAACAUUGUGAAUGCAAAUGAGCAUUUGAGAAGGAAAAUGAUAAUAGUUGGCUUAUGGUGCAUACAAACUGAUCCUAGAGCUAGACCAUCAAUGAACAGGGUUGUAGAAAUGUUAGAAGGGAACAUGGAAUCUCUGCAAAUGCCUCCUAAACCCAACUUCUUUAUACAGCCAAGAGAAGCAGUAAAUCCUUCAACUUUUGAGUUAUCACUCUCUCUCUAAUAUUCAUGAAGUUAAGCUACAACCCCAUUCAAACUUCUUGGUAUUGGUGUCUGGAGGCUUCUAAUGUCGAAGCACAGAAGUUGUUUUGUGUUGUUUGUGCUCUAGCAAUUUGUAAGUUGUUAAUGUUACGGAACAACACUUAUCCGAUUACUCUUUGUUUU